UGUUAAUAAUUAUAUACCUAUAUGUAUACAUAUAUGUAAAAUAAUUUUAUGUAUAAGAUUUUAGCCAAUUCUCUUUGUUUAUUAGAAAGUUAUUAUAACAACAUAAGUUUAAUGAAUGGAACAGAAAAUUGAAAUUUUGCCGAGGCUUCCAGAGUUUCAGUUUUCUUUUCUCUCCCCUCUCCCCACAAAGUUAUUUACCACCAAUAAUAUUUCGUCUUUUGGUAAUGGAUUGGGAUAGGCUUAGAACUUUUUGGGAUGGACAUGGAACUAUGGAAGGGAGGGGCUUCGUCCCUUGCCCGCCCACGCAUUCUAUUUACUACGUUUAAAUUAUUAUUAAUUAUUAUUAAUCAUUAUUAACAAUGAUUAAUAUUAACAAAACUUCGAUGAGCAUAAUUAAUCCGUUUGAAAUAAUUGAGAUAGAAAAGUGUUUCCUUUUCUAUGCGAUUCAGCGAACGUGUGGCGAUCUAAAGCUUCUUUUAAAGGGAAAAGGGCUGCGACGGGCGCGCGGCACAAUUGAACUCGCGCGCAAUUGAAGUUACGCGCCAGCACGGUGCCGCCGCGGUUCGUCGAAUCGCACGGAAUCGCGAGUCAAUCACGGAUGUGCGAGCAGCCGAGAGGAGGCAUCCGGGACUCUCUCAUCGUCGUCGGCCAUAGUAGAAAUGGCGGGUGUUAGCUUACGUGAAUGACGGCGACCGUGCUUUUAAAGGCUCAUUGUCGCGAAGUCGUACAGCGAGUCGCGUGUACGUGGUGUGUUUCGUCGCGAUACGGAUACUCGAGCGGCAUAAUUGUGUGUCAUAUGAUUUAUUUGGAAGGUAAAGAUGCAGAAUGUAGCACAAGGAACGACCUCGGAUAGCCAGACGCACGAAAAGCAACCCGCAGCAGCAGCAGCACCAAUUGCACCAGCAACACCAGCAGCAGCAGCAUCGAGCCUGCAGCACGACACUGGGAAGACCUCGUCGACCCCCCAGUCUUCGAACUCGAGUCCCACGAAGUCGGAAACCGAAACCUUCUCCGAGUUGCAGCCGCGCCUUAUGACAGACUCGUCGGAGAGCGAGGAGGACAGCGCUGCCGAGGUGGAGUGUUUUCCAAUUGAGCAAGCUGACUUAGACGAAGAUCAUCCAGAAUCACCGAAAUUCUUAUUGCCUGAGGACUCUGAGCGCUCUGUAGAUCCUGAAACCCAAGCGCGUCUCGAGGCACUUCUCGAAGCAGCCGGUAUUGGGAAGUUGUCAUCAGGUGAUGGAAAGCACUUGGCUGACCACGAAGUGCUACGUCGUUUAACAUCUAGCGUUUCUUGUGCAUUGGAUGAGGCUGCCGCAGCAUUAACACGUAUGCGCAGUGACAAUCCACGCGCACCGAACGAGAAGCGUUCUCUUGUCGAAGCCUGCACUGACGGGGACGUCCGUACCGUGCGCAAAUUGUUAACGGAAGGCCGUAGCGUUCACGAAACUACCGAGGAGGGUGAAAGUUUGCUCUCUCUAGCUUGUUCGGCUGGUUACUACGAACUUGCUCAGGUACUUUUAGCAAUGAACGCCAAUGUGGAAGACCGUGGUAUCAAGGGGGACUGUACCCCGCUCAUGGAAGCUGCCAGUGCAGGGCACGUGGACAUCGUGAGCCUACUGAUCGCACAUGGUGCGGAUGUCAAUGCUCAGUCUACUUCAGGUAAUACUCCCCUUAUGUACGGAUGUGCUGGCGGACACAAAGAAGUUGUGCGCGUCUUGUUAGAUGCGGGAGCCAACGUUGAAGAUCACAAUGAGAACGGUCAUACACCCCUGAUGGAAGCGGCAAGCGCCGGACACGUUGAAGUUGCCAAGAUCUUGCUCGAGCACGGCGCUGGUAUUAAUACUCAUUCCAACGAAUUUAAGGAAUCCGCAUUAACGUUGGCUUGUUACAAGGGGCACUUGGAAAUGGUUCGGUUCUUGCUGGAAGCGGGUGCAGAUCAGGAACAUAAAACAGACGAGAUGCAUACCGCUCUGAUGGAAGCUUCUAUGGACGGUCACGUAGAAGUGGCCCGUUUACUCUUAGACUCAGGUGCCCAAGUGAAUAUGCCGACGGAUAGUUUCGAAUCUCCGUUAACGCUGGCGGCUUGUGGAGGACAUGUAGAUCUAGCUAUGCUGCUGAUUGAACGUGGAGCGAACAUUGAAGAAGUUAACGAUGAGGGGUACACACCACUAAUGGAAGCAGCGCGAGAGGGACAUGAAGAAAUGGUUGCUCUGCUCUUGAGCCAAGGUGCGAACAUCAACGCCCAAACGGAGGAAACGCAGGAAACGGCACUUACCUUGGCCUGUUGCGGCGGCUUUCUCGAAGUUGCCGAUUUUUUAAUCAAGGCAGGAGCCGACAUUGAAUUGGGAGCAUCUACCCCGUUAAUGGAAGCUGCGCAGGAGGGACACUUGGAUCUUGUUCGAUAUUUAUUGGAAUCCGCAGCAGAUGUUCAUGCACAGACGCAAACGGGCGAUACAGCAUUGACGUAUGCUUGUGAAAACGGCCAUACUGAUGUUGCUGACCUUCUGUUACAAUUUGGUGCUGAUCUUGAACAUGAAUCUGAAGGGGGUAGAACUCCACUGAUGAAGGCUUGCAGGGCUGGCCAUCUGUGUACUGUCCAGUUUCUUAUAUCGAAGCGUGCCGAUGUUAAUCGACAAACAACAAACAAUGAUCACACACCUCUUUCGUUGGCAUGCGCUGGUGGUCAUCUUGCAGUAGUGGAACUACUUCUUGCGCAGUCUGCGAACCCGUUUCAUAAAUUAAAAGAUAAUUCUACCAUGCUGAUAGAAGCAGCCAAAGGUGGUCACACAGCUGUUGUCCAACUUUUAUUGGAUUAUCCUCAUAGCAUUAUGAUGAGUACUCCACAUAAUGCUGCACCCACAUCUGCUAUGUUAUUGUCACAACAACAACAGCAGCAACAACAGCAGCCGCAGCAACAACAACAGCCUCAACAACAACAGCAACAUCAGCAGCACAUAAGUCAUCAGCAACACGUACCUCCUCAUCCCCAACAAACCUCUACGCAAUCAGAACAUCAACAGCAGCAGCAACAGCAGCAAACUGCCGAGCAACAGCAAGCGCAAAAUCUUCAGCCGAAACACAAUACGCAAAAGUCGUUAUUGAGAAAGAAUCGAUCAGUGACGAUGAUGCCCGACAUGAGCCUUACUUCUGCCGAGGCGCAACAAGUACGUUCGCAACCUGCAGGAGAAUCGGCCGCUACCACCAAGGACGAUACCAAUAUUCUUGAUAAGGGCAGUGGAGGGUUUACCAGUUUGUCGGAACCUAAUAUUAGUCUUAGUCCGACGCCGGCAGCGUCAACGCAGGGAGUCAUUGAAAGAAAAAGUAGUAGACCAAAUCAAGUCCUUCAUAAGCAACAGAUACCUGAAGAAUUACAGCCAUGUAAUUAUGGCUUCCAAAGGCUAGACCGAGAACUACAAAUGAAAGCUGCGGCGCAUGUGUUCUCUGGUUCUCGAAAUUCUAUCAUAACUCAACCUCAGCAGCCGCAGCCGCAGCCGCAGCAAGAUCCCAGUGAGACAGAAGCUUUAUUACCAGGAAUGCUUAACAUCGAUUUACCAGCUCAGUCGACAACGUCAUCUCAUGGCUUAGUUUGCAGUACGACUGGCAUGGCCGGCAGUGCAUUAUCGUACCAAGGAAAUAGUGAUGCAGCAUUGGUUUGCAGUGCUUACCUAGAUGGUAAAAUAAUGGGCUUGCAACAAUUCCAGAAGACGCUGUCCGUAGCCCCGACCGUGACGGAAACAUUUCCUACGAAUACAUUUCCCUCCUCACCCCCUUUGUCCCUUGCGCCAUUACCUGCUACAACUGCUAGUACCAUGUCCCUAAUCACUGUUCCUACUUCUUCCUCGGCGACCACACCAAGUCCACCGAGCAUCUCUACUCCUCCGACAGUCAUAGCCGUUUCCCAAUCGCCUAUCACUGCGAGCAGCGAUGUCAGCCAGAAUACCGCUAUUAGCGAUCGCCCGAAAGCUAAACCCGUAUCUAAGAAAGAAGGAAAAAAUGUGCGAAAGGCCGCCUCUGGCAUAGCAAUGGCGAAAUUACAGCAAACGCAGGCGACCAUAAUGGCUGGGCUUCAACAACAGUAUCAGCAAAAGCAGCGUCAACACACCUAUCAGGUACAGCAGGUGCACCAAUUGCAGCAACUCAAUCAACAGCUGCAACUUCAGUUGGAUCAAGUGCAGAUACAACAGCAGCAGCAGCAGACACAGCAGACGCAACCGCAACCGCAACAAUCUCAACAGCAGCCUCAAUCGCAACAACAGACCAAUGUAGUCGGUAAUGGUGCAAGCAACAUACUCAUGCCCACUCAAUUGAUGUCGCACUUGCAUCCUACGCAUCAUCAUUUACACAGCCUGCAAACGCAAGAGAAUCUUCCUGAACAAGUAGAUCCCGAGUUAGCACGAAAGUAUAGAGAAAAUACUUGCGCGUUCUUCACUGGCGGCCAAAAAUCCAAAACCUUUUCCGCUAAUGAAAGAGUACUGAAACUGGAAGAUGGCACGGAUAUUCCUAUCGACGAUGCGUUUGAAAUUUUUCGCUCCAUCAGUUUUGACGACGCAGUGGAUGCAACGGAAGAUCAAGAAAAGCUUGAGUUAAAGAGAUUAGAUGUAUCAAGCAAUAAAGAACCACAGCAGCAGCAGCAGCAACAUCUGCAAACUACGCAAAUCGUUCAGCAGAGCGGCAGUCCGCACGUGUCCCAGGAAUAUUUCACUGACCCAGUGUUAUCCGUACCAACGGUGUCUCUUCCAACACUACAAUCGCUGCAAGUGACCUUACCAUCGCUACAAGUGACCAGUGCUGGCGUCCAGAUAGAGGCAGACAUAUCAGCAGGCUUACAACUAACAAGUGCGCAAUCUUUGCAAAAUCCGGCGCUCAAAAACCGUCUCAGAGCAUUUGAAGAGGGCUUUCGCCAAGGUAGCAUACACUUCCGCGAAUGCAUACAGCAUAUGAACCCCGAAACUUUCCAGCCACAGCUGUUACUGCAAUCUUCCCAAAUAACGUUUCCCACGCAAACUUUACCGGCCGUGAGCGGAACUACCGGGAUUAUAGAUAGUAUACCUCAUCAGUCGAGCGGUUUUGCACAGUCCACCACCUGCAGCACCAAUCAAGUUCAAGUGGCUACUCAGACUCAAGCGCCGGUCACGACGACCGUUGCUAACGUAGCCGCGCCCGACAAAAAACAGGUAUACACUGCGCCCACGACCGGCAAAGGUAAAAAGGCAAGGUAUCCUCUUUUGCCGCAACAACAAUCUUGCCAGCAACAACAAACUGCCAGUGCUCAGCAAACUCCUAAUUUUCCGGCGCAGAACUAUCAGUUAGACCCAGCGACAGAUAUCUCAACAGUUGGGGGAUAUGCGACCAAUCAAGUUCCACCUACGUCGUUUUCGUGUAUGGACGUUGACUCGGAAACGGACAGCAAUCAUGAUACAGCACUAACAUUGGCGUGUGCAGGAGGACACGAAGACCUCGUGGAACUUCUUCUCAGUCGUGGUGCAGACAUAGAGCACAGAGAUAAAAAAGGAUUUACGCCACUUAUUUUGGCUGCGACCGCUGGCCAUCAGAAAGUAGUAGAGAUUUUAUUGAAUCAUGGAGCCGACAUCGAAGCGCAAUCCGAACGUACCAAGGAUACGCCAUUAUCGCUUGCAUGCAGCGGCGGAAGGUUCGAAGUGGUCGAACUGCUGCUCAACCGUGGCGCGAACAAAGAACAUCGCAAUGUUUCCGAUUACACGCCCUUAAGCCUCGCAGCAUCGGGCGGCUAUGUUAACAUAAUAAAGCUUUUACUUAGCCACGGCGCCGAAAUUAAUUCUCGCACAGGUUCGAAGCUGGGUAUAUCGCCUCUUAUGCUAGCUGCUAUGAACGGUCAUACAGCGGCGGUUAAAUUAUUACUGGAUAUGGGCAGCGAUAUUAAUGCGCAGAUAGAAACCAACCGCAAUACAGCAUUAACACUCGCUUGUUUUCAAGGAAGACACGAAGUUGUUAGUCUUCUUCUCGAUCGAAAAGCCAAUGUUGAGCAUCGAGCAAAGACGGGUUUGACACCUUUGAUGGAAGCAGCAAGCGGUGGCUAUGUCGAAGUUGGCCGCGUAUUACUCAACAAAGGUGCAGAUGUUAACGCGACACCUGUUCCAUCAUCCCGUGAUACUGCUCUUACUAUCGCCGCUGAUAAAGGACACUGCCGUUUCGUAGAACUUUUAUUGCAGAAAGGCACCCAGGUUGAAGUAAAAAAUAAAAAAGGGAACAGUCCGCUAUGGUUGGCUGCAAACGGUGGGCAUCUUAGUGUUAUAGACAUGCUGUAUCAGUCGCAUGCAGAUAUCGACUCGCAAGAUAAUCGCAAGGUCUCUUGUCUGAUGGCCGCGUUUCGCAAAGGCCAUAUUAAGGUUGUCAAAUGGAUGGUGAAUCAUGUUACGCAAUUUCCAAGUGACCAAGAGAUGACAAGGUAUAUAGCGACUAUCAAUGACAAAGAGCUUCUGGAAAAGUGUCAGGACUGCGUUAAAGUGAUUAGAGCUGCCAAAGAGACUCAGGCUGCUAAGGCGAACAAAAAUGCUACUAUACUACUUGAAGAGCUCGACAUGGAAAAGAAUAGAGAGGAAUCGAAGAAAGCAGCUGCAGCGCGAAGACGUGAGAGAAAGAAAAAGAAGAAGCUGGAGAAAAAGGAAGUGAAACGUAGACUUCACGAGGAAUAUAAAAAGAACGAGACAGCAUUCGAAGAUAAAGAAGAAAGCGGGAAAAAAUCGGGCGAUGAGGAAUGCGAUCGGGCGGAAGAUAGCGAACAUGAGGCAGGCGAUGAAAGAAUGGAGAGUGUUCCAUCGCCCGUGAACAGAAGCCCGGAAGAUCCUGAUAGAGAAGAGGGUGAUAGUGGAAUUGAUGCAAAUAGUCAGGGCAGCUGUAGUAGUACCGACGUGAAAGCUCGAGAAAAGAAGAAAGAUAAGAAAAAGAAGAAGAAUAAUAAUAAUCCCAGUAAUAACGAUAAGGAUAUAUCUCCUCAGCGUUCACCCAAAACACUUCUCGCACAAAACACUAAUUUAUCUCAAAACACAGCAACAUCGACUAAAUCCCAAAAUAACGCUUCAGAGAAACGAAUUAUGACUAACGUUACCAGUGGCAUGUCCGUGUCGACAACCUCGGUCACGACCACCAGAGCGUCCACAACUACCAGUUCUGAUCGGAAACUUAAAGGUCAAUUAGUUUUCGAGUCCUCCAGACAUCCUGCUGAUAGGGAGGAUUUCGAAGCGACUGGUAACGAGACUUACGUUUCCGGCAAAGGCAAGAAAUCGUACAAUAAUAAUUAUGAUGGCGAUAGUCUGAACACAUCGACGAAAACGAGUAACACGAGUCCGAAGCAAAGCGGAAAGCGUGAGGAGGGAUGGAAAGAGGUUGUACGAAAGGGACAAUCGGACGAUUCGGGAAGAUUUAUGAAUUCACCAUUCCGUUCUAAGAAGGUAUCUGUUCCGCCAAAUGCUAUCAGUCGAGUUAUAGGGAGGGGUGGUAGCAACAUAAACGCUAUUCGUGGUGCAACAGGCGCGCAUAUUGAAGUGGAAAAGCAAAGUAAAUGUCAAGGCGAAAGAAUUAUUACAAUUAAGGGAUCUUCUGAUGCGACGAAACAAGCUCACUCAUUAAUAACAACACUUAUUAAGGAACCAGAAGUGGAUAUAUUGCAUAUGCUCUCAAAAUCGAAGCUCAAUAACCUCGUAACAACCUGGGACAAAUCUGUGUCUACUGUUGCUACAAAUAAAACGAAAGUUGGCUCUGUAAAUAAACCAUCUAGUCUGGCAUCCAGUACAACUAGCAAUCAAGUUAACAAAUCGGGAUAUCCAUCAGGUGUAUCUACAGUUAAUUCAUUGAUUCUUCGCUCGUCGUCCACCAUUAAGCUUGCCGGCACAUUCACGCCUUCUUUGCCACGUGCGACAGCACCUAGAUUAGUAGCUGCAGCGGAAAAACGCGCGCAAGCCGUGGCCGCUCAAAUGGCCUCCUCGUCCAACACCAAGACGACGAUGUCAUACACGAGCGCGAUCAUGACCGCUGGUAGAACUGGGACGAAGAUCGUCACGACGAGCACCACGCAGACUUUCGCGGCAAAGUUGUCCGAGAUCACUGCCUCGACUCACAGCUCCACUACAGUCAUGCAAGCCACUCAUACCGUACCAACGAAUAAGCAGCAAAAGCCUGUGGCGCAAGCCGCGACUGUGACUGUCAUGUCAGGCACGUCAGCGGCGAUCGCUCACACAACCAGCCAGCAGCAGCAACAGCAGUCUGUAGUGAGUACAUCGCCCAAACACUGCCGACCACUGUCCACUUUGUCUACCCAAGCAACAAUGGCGUCUCACUAUCCCGGAAAAUCAAAUUAUCCGCUUGGAACGAACACUAUCUCGUCGUCGGCCACGGGCAACGUUAUGUCGACGACCAACUGUCCAGAAAGUUCGACCGUUUCGACGUCAGCCAGUUCCAUUCGCGUCACACCUUCGCCGCCCGUAGCAUCUUCGCAGACGCAAACGUUACCGCCGCCGCCGCCGCCGCAGCAACAACAAUCCCAGCAACAAUCGACGCAACAACAAUCGCAGCAAGCUGCUCGUAGCACUACUCCCGUCGUUAUGCAGGAGCACCAGCAGCAGCAACAACAGCAGCAGCAACAGUCGAACAGUACGCCUCUCGAGUAUUCGCUGUUCAAUGAUACUUUCACCAAAGUUACGCAACAAUCGAUGUGGGGCGGAAGAGAGAACGAAUCUCAAAAGGGUAUGAAUUUCGCUACUGUUGCUGGUGGUGGUGUAUCAUCGAACACGGGCUCGGGAUCGUCUACGGCCAAGUUUGAUAGUUCCCCACCGCAGGUGGACGCAUCGAAAGCUCCAGGAUAUCGUGGAACAACAAUGUGUUCCCCGGUUUCCAGCAAAUCGGGUGCUACGAGCAGUGCUUCGAAUAACGUAAUGGGCAAUGUAGCAUCCUGCUCGGUGCACAACAAUCCUAUGCAGCCCGCACAAUUUCAAUCCUCGACGAACUACAGCGAACAUCCGCUACCCAACAAGCCGCCUGGGAGUCUAGCGGUGGCUAGACCCGUGAUCCCUCAGCAAGGUAUCGACAUGGGAACGAGCAUGGCGGCGCAGUUCAAUAGACAAGCAGUAUAUCAGGGAGAUCUGACGUCGAGAAACGCGACGACGCAUCAACCGGCAGCACACGUGAUACCUUCCACGUCACAGCCGGCGUUAGAUGUUGGUCUCUUCAAGGCAGCAAACAGUGGCGGUGGAUACGAACAUCCGAACGUGAACUCUAGCUUGUUAAAGAUGGUGCCAAACGAGAGCCAGGGUGGUGGCGGCCACCCCCUGCUCCCGUUCCACCCGCACAUGCAGAGUUUCGCUCAGACCAUCGCGCCAUCUGCCUCUGUCAUCAACACCACUGUCAGCAUGUCGAGGUUGAAUCCGCGCGCCCCCGAUUUCUCGAGCUCGAUGCAUCUCACGAGCAAGCCGCAAGUGACGAUGUUCAAUGCUGCCGCCGCCGCCGCCGCCGCCGCCGCCGCCGGGUCGGGACUGCAUCCGGCGAAUAUAUUCGCUGCCACCGUGCCAGCACCGCCGCCGUCCGCGAUACAGUCCAAUAAUCUAGCGAUGCUCGGAAAUUUCCCGCUGGGAAAGUACCAGGCGCCCUCGCGAGCGACGCCGGCAGUGAACACCUGCAUUUCGACGACCGCUCAAUCGACACGCUGGCCGUUCGCCGCACCGGCGCCGCACAGCACGUACCCUCCGCAUCAGGAUCCCAUGAUGAGCCAAAUGGGAUUCUCCAACCAUCUGGCGAAUAUCGGCGCGCAGCCCGGUGGCAGUAUCGAUUUGAUUACCAGUCUAGAAAACGGUGGCUCGCCCGCAAUAUCCCCCUCGUCGCCGGGACAGGUUGCUCAAGAGAUGAGUCAGUUAAAGCUCGAGGAUCGUAAGGUGCCGCGACCUAUCGGCACUGAGAGAGCAUGGAAGAAUUACACGGCUACGGGUCUGGGUGGUCCAGGUGGGGAUGCCGAGUCCAUUAAUUGGAUGCUCAACGAGAAACUAGUCGGUUCCUGGGCCACUAAUUGCAACUUAGCGCCUGGUAUCGACAGGCAUCAGAUGUUUCGAUCAAAUCCUUCCUACAACCAACGUCUAGCCAACGUUGAACCCGAGAUUCAUCCGAUGAUGGACUCUACCUUCCAGGGCCAUGUAGAUACGCAGCAACCCUUUCCGGCUAAUGGAAACGCCGCGACGUUGUCCCUCAUGCCAGGAUUGACACUGUUGCCUGGACAGUUUGGGGCACCUGGGCUAGCGGAAAUCCCGUCAAACGAACCGAAUAAAAUGGAUCCACCCGCGUGGGGCAUACCCGACGCUGUGCAAGAUAAACAACAUCCGGCGUGGAACAAGUGGGCCCACUAGGAAGCGAUGAGUGAACCCAUCACGGUGAUAGUCUCAAUCUCUCACCCGACGCAACAAAAUGUGCAUCUGAAAUUCGUAGUAGCAAUAGAAUAUUGAAUUGGAUUAAUUAUUUGUAGGCGCAUAAAAUUAUAUUAUCUCUCAAUAUAUUCGUUCAAACACGGUUUCUCCACAUUACUUGUCAUACUAGAUGAUAAGACGACGAAUCCUCAUGCAAUCGUAAUUAUUAAUACGUUGUGGAAAUUAAUUAAUUGCAACAUAUAAAAUAUAAUAAGAGCAAUCGACACCGUGAGUAAGAAAAACAGCGACACGGUGUAGGAACCCAAUUGUUGUGUAGAUUCCUUUUUUUGCCACAUGCUUUGUAUGCUCUGCUAUUAAUUAUUGAUUGACAUAAGCGCGCUGAUGAUUAACUAAUAUAUAUAUAAAGAUUUUCUUCUAUCAUCGAAAAUGCUCUGAAUUCGUGAUGUUCAGAAUAGCAUGAUAGAGAAACACACCGAUUGCGACUUAUCGCGAGAGAAUCCAGAUAUAAACAUGAUGACGCUUGUAUCACUUCCGCUUCUGCAGUAGAAAUAAUUUAGAAAUGUGGCAGAAAUUAAUUGCGAAACCGGUUGAAAUUAUUAUUAUUUACGUUGAUGACACUCGUGCUUCUACACAUAGAUGCGAGAUAAUGCAGAUCGAGAAGCACGCGUUUCUAUUUGUGCUGCAUAAAGCAUUGUUGAUUAUAUGGAUGCGAGAUAUUAACAAUCGUGUAAAUAAUUCCUUCGUAAAACGGGAUUCCGAUCACUUCCAAUGCUGCAAAGCGAUAUACCGAAGAAGACAUACCCGGAAUGAAAGACGGAAAGAGAUGAGAUCUUGGACGUUGAAUUGACUCAGUUUGAACCUGGAUAUUGUUCUCUUUCCACUUUUGCACUCGCGCUUGAAACGUCACUUCCACUACUAAGCCCGAAUGUUUCUUCGAUUCCUUUAUCAUCUCUUCGCCCGGCUGUUUUGCAUACACGUACGAUUGUACAAACCGCAUAAACGACUGUACGUUGGUGCUGCGUCAGUAAAACGAUCGAAGACACACGAACGAAGGGAACAUGACGACGAGUAACUCGAUUCCUGCUAAUUACGAGAUUCAGUUGUCCAGCCGUCUUGGUAGAUUUAUAUAUCUUCAAAUCCCAUUUUGUUUUCUUGUAAACGCAACUGUUAAUUAGGAUUAACCAUCGUAACGAAAUCACACCCUAUUACGAGCAGAUUAACACAUCCGAACAUAUAUUAAUCGUAGUAAUACCUGCCUAGCGAGUUUUUAUCGAGUGCACCCACAUGAAAAAUACGCAUGAGUACACAGAAAUGCCACGCAUAAAUGACCAGGUUCUUGAAAUCGAAUUUGUGUAAGCGUUACAAGAAACGUCACGAAUCGAAUACAUAUUGUACUAAUAAUAUAUUAUAUUAUAUAUACUGAAUCUUAUUCGAUCAAUGAAUACUGUUCAUUGUUAAAGUGGUAGUGGGCCGCCAACGCAUAAAGAUAUAGCUGUGCGUCCCUAGUGCGACAGUGCUAUUAUAAUACUAUUAUUGCUGUGGUGGUAAUAAUGUUUAUUAUUAUAUUAUGGUUAUUAUUACACAACACAAGACAUAACUAUAGGAAA